AUGAGGGUGGUGUUGAUAAUAGAGCAGUGACCCACAAAUGGAUCGGUGACGACGUGUGCAAUAGUGUUUGUGAUAAAGACAUUGAAGUGUUCAAAAUGACUGCUCUAUAUCUGUUGAUCGCUUUGAUGCUAGGACAUGCGGCAGCUGUGGUUGAAUUAAGCUGUAGUGAUAAUGCUACGUGUAUUGAUAAUAUGACGAAGGAAAUGUUCCGAAACCUGAGAGAACAGAAAUCGGUGAAGCUCUUCGAUUCAUUUACGAUCGAGCCUUUAGGUAGGAGGCAGGGGAGAUCGAACGAAAGCCCGCUGUCGAAAUUCCUAAGUAAUCACGCAUUCAGUUUUGAUUGGGCUGAUUUAACGUUUAGGGUGGCGAAACCUCAAGACAGGAGUGAUGUUUUGGAUUUAGAAGUCUUCGAAAGCAGAUCUGCUAAAGAUGUUUCGGAUCAGAAUCCGAAGAAAUCGUCAAGCAAGGUUGAAGAGGAAAUAGAUGACAAAGGAACCAAAUUGGGUAUCAGAAGACAUAAGAAAAAAGUACUCAUGGCAGUAAUACCUUUGUUGUUUGGUAUGAAGUCAGCCGGGGCGGUUAUCUUUGCUUUGGCCAUUGUCACCGUCUUAACCUUGAAAGCCUUUGUGGCCAGCAAACUCGCCCUUAUCGUCACCGUGGGCAUGGCUGUUAAAAAACUAUACGAGUCUUAUGGCAAUGGCGUCGGUUUACAAAACCAUCCAUAUCUUUAUUCACAAUAUCCGAUUGAUUUCCCGAGUGCCUCCUCCCACGCUUAUUCUGUAAGCGGAGUGAGCCCACAAUUCGGAUCACCAGAGAUGUAUAAUCCUACUGCUCUGGGCGCGCAUCCUCAUACACAUGAGCUGUUGCAAGCCAAUGAUGUCAGUGCUCAAUCAUCGCAACAAGCACCUACACUUCUAGUUAAUACAACAAGAGCAGCAGAAAGAUGGGAUGGUUACCGGAGUCGUCCAAUGUUUUAUGGAACCUCGCGCGCUACUUCAGAUUCCUAUUCGGGUUACCAGCACCCUCGCCACUAAGUCAUUCACCGUCGAUGACGAUACCAAUGUACACGAUGCCGCAAAUGUAUGGCCCUCAAAUGUUUGGCCAAGUGAUGGCUGACAUGGCCAUGCCAACGGCUCAAACAUAAUUGGACAUAUGGACGUAAUGUGGAUCAAGUGGCGUCGUUUAGUAGAAAAUUCGCUAAAUGUCAGAUUGCCACGCUAACUUGAUCCGCCACUUCUGUGAUAAGUAUAUGCGUGGCGGUCUGACAUUUAGCAAAAAUUAACGCAGUCGCACUGUUUUAAGUUGCUGGACUUUUAUCUAUUUAUUUAAUGUUCAAAUCUUCCUCCAGGUCCAGACGAUUUAAAACACUGCGUGGUUACUGCUCCACCUCUUUUGUUAAGGCAAUUUCUGGUCUUGUAUUUCUAAAGACUGAUUACUUUAAGCGCGAGCCCGUCGACUUUAUUUAAUUUAUUUUUAUUUAUAAGUGACGUUUGUAAUAAGACUUAUUUAUUCAGCACAUAGAAAAUAAAUUAACAUUAACAGCUA